CCAGCCUGGUGAAGGGACUGUCGGGAUAGUCGGAAGUGAGGGUCUGGGAAGGGGAGUGGUUCGGGGCUGCUGCGCAGCGCGCCAGGUUUCUGCAGCAGCCCUGCACCCGUCCGGGUGGCCUCUAAACGCAGCGCAGCGACCAUGCCCCUCCACGUGAGCCUGGCCAACUGCAACCGCGACCUGGACUACGACUCCGUGCAGCCAUACUUCAUGUGCGACGAUGAGGAGGAGGACGUGCACCAGCAGCCGCAGCAGCCGCCAGCGCCCAGCGAGGACAUCUGGAAGAAAUUCGAGUUGCUGCCCACGCCGCGCCCGUCCCCAGGCCACGCGGGGCUCUACUCGCCUCCCUGCGAAGCGGUCGCCGCGUCUUUCUCCCCCAGGGACCACGACGGUGAUAGCUUCUCCACCGCAGACCUGCCCGAGCUGCCAGGAGGAGACGCGGUGAAGCAGAGCUUCGUCUGUGACCCGGACGACGAGACCUUCGUGAAGAACAUCAUCCUGCAGGACUGUAUGUGGAACGGCUUCUCGGCCUCCGCCAAGCUGGUCUCCAAGCUGGACCCCUACCAGGCUGUGCGCAAAGAAGGCGCCAGCGUGAGCCCGGCCGCCGACGCGGAGCCUGCUACGCCUCCAGACUGCACCUGCAACACCUGAGCGCACAGCACCGCAGCUUCGGACUGUAAGCUUCAGCCAUGUUAACUGCCUCAAAUUCUGGGCAUAAGAGAACCCUCCCUACCCCCUUUUCUUUUUUAAGCUUGCCAUCCUUCCUCACUCCCCUUAACAGAUUUGUAUUUGUUUAAAAAAGGAAUCUUAAAGUAUAUCAAUUUUCCAGCGUCUGCUGGACCCUUAAGUGUAAAUAACUUCAAUAAAACAUUUUAUGUUAUACAAGAUCUUAAGAUAUGAAGUAUAAAAGUAUAUUUUCCUUU